UACAUCAAACAGGUCACACAUCUUGGGUCAGCACAAACUCAGUCGACAGGGUCACGAAAAGCUAGUUCAGGAAACUCGAAAAGAAGAGGAGGACUCCGACUUUGGUUCGGAAGAGGAAUACGUGAAGACUCCGGUUCCUCAGACACUCGACUCGAUCUCGAACAUACACAUAACUAUACACCAUGCUCACAUCAACACUCCUCGCCCUCGCCAGCGCGGCGCUGGCUUCCGCCCACACUGUCAUCACAUACCCCGGGUGGAGAGGCAACAACCUAAAAGACAAUGAAGAAUUUCCCUACGGCAUGCAAUGGACAUAUCCUUGCGGCGGUCUCACCCUUACCCAGAACCGCACCUACUGGCCCACAACAGGCGGCGCCAUCUCUUUCCAACCAGGCUGGUUUCAAGGCCACGCGACAGCCUUUAUCUACGUUAACCUCGGCAUCGGCAACGACGGUCCCGACGGCGGGCCGAAGAACAUGAGUUUCCCCAUGGUCAGCCCAUUCCAGAUCAUCGGUCCCGGAAAGAACCCGUACCCGGGCACCUUUUGUCUGCCGCAGGUGUCGACUCCCGCCGGGUUUGAGUUCAAGGAAGGUGAUAAUGCGACGAUUCAGCUUGUGGAGUUGGCGAUCCAUGGUGCUGCUUUGUAUUCGUGCGUCGACAUCACCUUCGUUCCCCCCGGUGACCCGCGCGUCGCCCAAGUCAACGAGUCCAACUGCUUCAACAGCACCGACCUUGGCGCCGCCGACCUGUACACCAUCAACAUCCUCGAGUCCGGCCGCGACAAGCUGGCACUCACCAGUGCCGCUGCCUCGCUCGCCCGGAUGGCGGGCUGGAUUCCUCUUGUUGCUGGUGGGUUGUGGAUGAUGCUAUAAGCUGCGGCCCCUGGGGAAAAGAGACAUCGGUUUGAUGGAUGUUCAUAUGGGGCAAAAUGAGAAGCGGGUCCGGGAUCAAAUGAUACGAUGACACU